AUGAAAAGAAAACAUCAGAAUAAUAACAGUUCAAAUGAGAAUGAAAGUGAACUCCUGCUGUUUGCAAUUACACUUGAGCAUGAUUAUAAUAAUGCUCAACAAACAAUUGAACUCCCUUCGGGUGAAUCAAUUACGAAAGAACAGCUUCUAUUGAAAGCAUUAGAGUAUGAUUCAACCAAUUCCAAUUCAUAUAAUAACCUUGCAGGAAAUCUUUCAAGUGGUGAAUCAACCAUACUGCCAGAUGGUCAAUCAAUGACACAACAACAACUAUAUAUGAAAGCAAUAGAAAGUGAUCCGACCAGUUCACUAAUCUUGCAACAACACUUUCAUAGUGAAUCAAUCACACUUCACAAUGGUCAGUCAAUGACAGUACGACAAUUAUACUUGAAAACAAUAGAAAUUGAUCCGACCGAUUCAUAUUCAUAUAACCUUGCAAAUAUCCUAUCUACGACAUGA